AUGACAAAACAUUGGAAGCUUCGAAGUGGAAAGUUCAUGAUAAUCGAUUGUGGUUUGGAGAACGCAGUUUCAAAAGGUUCCUACAGAAUCUGUACAAUAUCCAAGACGCCACGUGCUGGAGUGGAGGAAAAGGUUGAGGUGAAUGGAGGACCGUUCAAGGAAGUUGAGUUUUGCAUCAAUUCGACUCAACGACCUCUCUGA